GGUGCCGCCGGCGCCUCGCCCCGCACGGGGCGGUUGCGGACGGGCGACGCGUCCCCGUCUGCCCUCACCGCACACUGCCCGGCGGAGAGGCGGGGGUGGCUGCAGCAGGGGACGGGGCAGAGGCUCGGCUAAAAACAGCCCUCGCCUAAUAAAGUGAUGGGGCCCGGUGCCCGCGCCCUAUAAAUACGCUCGGUGCGCGGUCGGCGGGCUUUGGCCGGCGCGGCUCGGCUCGACUCUGCAGGCGGGGCGGUGCAGUCAGCACAGCAGGGCCGCCACUGCCGCCGCCUCCGCUGCCAGGACAGCCCCGGCCCCCGCACCCCAGCGAGAUGCCCCGGAUAGACGCAGACCUCAAACUGGACUUUAAAGAUGUCCUGGUCAGACCUAAAAGGAGCAGCCUCAAAAGCAGAGCAGAGGUUGACCUCACGCGCACCUUCACCUUCCGUAACUCGAAGCAGACAUACACAGGAAUUCCCAUUAUAGUGGCAAACAUGGACACUGUGGGGACAUUUGAAAUGGCUGUGGUUAUGGCAAAACAUGCAAUGUUCACUGCAAUUCACAAGCAUUAUUCUCUGGAAGAAUGGAAACUGUUUGCUGCCAAUCACCCAGAAUGCCUUGAGCAUGUAGCAGCAAGCUCAGGUAGUGGACAAGAAGAUUUGAAAAAGUUAACAAGUAUUCUAGAGGCCAUUCCAGCUAUCAAAUACAUCUGCCUGGAUGUGGCAAACGGCUAUUCAGAGUAUUUCGUGGAGUUUGUGAAGUCUGUCCGUGCCCUGUUCCCACAUCACACCAUUAUGGCAGGCAAUGUGGUGACAGGAGAGAUGGUAGAAGAACUUAUUAUUUCUGGAGCAGAUAUUAUUAAAGUGGGUAUUGGACCAGGUUCUGUGUGUACCACUCGGAUUAAGACAGGGGUGGGCUAUCCACAGCUGAGUGCUGUUAUUGAAUGUGCAGACUCAGCACAUGGCUUGAAAGGACAUAUCAUCUCUGACGGAGGAUGCAACUGCCCAGGAGAUGUCGCCAAAGCGUUUGGAGCUGGUGCUGACUUCGUCAUGAUUGGAGGAAUGUUUGCAGGCCAUGACCAGAGUGCUGGAGAAAUUAUAGAGAGGAAUGGCAAGAAGGUGAAACUAUUCUAUGGAAUGAGCUCUGAUACAGCCAUGAAGAAACAUGCAGGAGGGGUUGCUGAAUACAGGGCUUCAGAGGGCAAGACUGUGGAGGUACCAUACAAAGGGGAUGUGGAACACACCAUCCUGGACAUCCUCGGGGGGCUGCGCUCCACCUGCACCUACGUGGGAGCCGCCAAACUCAAGGAACUGAGCAAGAGAACGACGUUUAUCCGGGUCACCCAGCAGCACAACGAGGUCUUCUCCUAGCCUAGGCCUGGGGGGCUGGAGAGAGGGCUGGGGAAGAAGAGCAGGAAGGGCUGCUCUUUUCCUUUGCUUUCUCCUCCAUGUUGUGUUAGUGGCAAACUUCCCUCUCUCUCUCUCAGAACGGCAGUGUCAUAGCCAUUGGCUAUGGCUGGGAUUUGGAAGGGGAAGGUCAUGCUAUUAACACAAUGCCAUUGAUUCAAAAUGCAAUUGCCUCAUCUUUUAUCGUUGUGCCUAUUUUAUUUUUUAUUCUUUUCUUCACCUGUUUUUUUUCCCCCUCUGAUAAAUAGCUGCUGAAACCUCAGAUAACAAGGAAUUGGCUUGUGCAGACAUGGCUGUUAACGCCUGCACACAUUCACACAUUCCCUUUUCUAAGACUGACCUGUCAGCUACCACCACUUUCUGGCAGUGCACCUUUCAGAAAUUGCAGGCUAGGAAAGAAAAAGAUGCAAGGAAUUGCAUGGAGGAAAAAAACCUCAAAUUCUCUUCAUCUUUUUUUCUGGCUAAAGAACGGAUGAUAUGGGCACAGCUGCCAGAGGUAGAUGGUAGAUGAGGCCUGGCUGUUGGUGACAUGUGAUGCUAAAAACACCAGAUCUCUGUCACUUUCAGUUCACAGGGCUGAUGUCGCUGUUCUUUGUUAAACCUCCCUAUUCAAUGGACUUGCCCCUUCAGAGAAGCAGGCACUGAAUGUAGCAAAACCGUGCUGGCCCCCCUGCCCCCAUCUGAGGAGAUCAUUCAGGUGACUUUCAGAGCUUGCCUGCUUUAUCAUAAGUGCAGUUAUUGAAUUACCUGGGUUCCUGCUUUUACCUGCUCUCUGGAAACAGGUUUUUAAGACAUUGAAACUCAGCAACUGUAAGCCUGACAAGGGAGGACAAUUCUUUGUAGCCCUCCCUGUUCCCUUGCCUGCUCACAUCCAUUUAGCAAAAAUGUAGAAACGCUGUGCAGUGCAUUGUCUGUGGCCAGGUGGAGGAGGCCAGAGGGAUUAAAUUGCCUUCUGGUUAUGUGAUACCACUCCUUUGCAGUCCUUGACAUCAUGUAAAGCAAGAGAGAGCUUUUGGCAGAGCAGCCUGGUUGAUUGCAAGACACUGUCAGGCUGAGAUGGAGUUAAAGCAUUUGCUCUAAAGGCAGUAGUGAAUGUUUGAGACUCUGGGUAACACCUCAAUAAAGUGUAAUGGCCUGAUAAUUAAUUGAUAAAUCACAAUGAAAAUUUCUUUGGAAAUACACAUUGCAUCCACAUGAAUACCACAGUAGCUCAGUAUGAUAAAUGAUGUAAAAGUGAGCACCAGUGAAUUAAUAAUGCUUGGCCACUUACUUUAAACUGCUGCUGAGAUCAUAAUGCAGCUGAUGUUACUUCAGUACUUCAGAGUCUUACUUACCCCUCCUGUAGACAUCUGUGGAAAGAGGCAGGCUUCCUUUGAAAAGCAAAAAAGUGAUCUGUAGGAAAAGGAAUAGCAAAGAGAAACUCUAGAAUUAAAUUCACACGCUGGACCACUCAAAAAGCCAAUCACAAGGACUGGUACAGUUAACCAUGCUGAGAAGCAAAUCCAGGCCACAAGCUGAUCCCUGGUGAUUUUUCAGUGUGUUGUACACAUUAGAAAAAGCAGAGGGUAUCUUCUAAAUUGCCUGGUAUUUUAAAUGUCUUCAUUUAAUAUGUAGGAUGUACUUCUUAAUUGUGGGAUGACCUCUUCCUCUGCUUUGGAAGAGAACGAGGGCCAAUGUGAGCACAGGUUAUGCUUGUGCUGGCUGCAAGGACCAUUUGUCUUGCCCACAUAUCAUAAAGGAAUGUGAAUGCAGAAGAGAUGCAGGCCCUGUGAAUCCAGGCCCUGAUCUCUGUUCCCUCCAGCCUGGAAGCAUCAUGUUAAGAGAAUGCCAGGCUUCUCCACCACAGAAAGGCACCAUGGGCCACGUACUGCUCUCAGCUGCACUAGGCCCAGAGCAGGGCAGUGUGACCUCUCUGCAUCAGCUGUGGGACAGCACUGUUCUCUAUUUAUGUGAGGUAGAGGGGAAGCAAAUGGACACCUCUGUCAGGAGUAGGGUUGGACCACCACGGCCCAGGCCUGACCACAGGUGUGUCUCCACACUGGUGCCUUCACAUGUGGGAAGUGCAGCACUCUGCUGGUCUCAUGCCCACUCUCACUAACGCUUUUCUACUUUUUUUAGCUACAUUUCUAAGUGGAAUUUAAGAAAUACAUAUGCAUAUAAGAAAAUAUAUAUAUUUGUAAACAUAUUUUUAAAAGAUCAUGCGCACACCAAACCAAGCAGCUUCAUGAUGGCCUCAGAACAGUUUCUUUUCCAAAGGGCAGGUGCUGGGGGCAAGGGAGGCUGCCUCUCAACCAGUGUGGCAAAUGGGGCCACUCUUCCACCUCCUUUCCUUCUCCUCCUGCGCAUAACUCUGAUCAGUGACUAAUAGGAGAGGGACAAGCUAUUCUUAAGCUGUCCCCAGAAUUCUUCAGUCUGUGAAUGACAUUGAUGUCAUGAAUGGUGAUUGAUAAAGUUUUGAUGUUAGGUAUUUGGUUUUCUGAAUAGCAGGUCUUACCACUGUUUUGAUAAGCAACACGUUUUCUUUCAUUUUCUCCUCUCCAAAAGUGAGCAGGAGAGAGAAAUGAGAUGCAGAAAGGCUGAACUAGUGGCAUGUCUGCAUCUCACCCAGUUAUAUGUGAAUUUUGUUCAGGAAUAACCCUUAGCUAUGUCAGUGCUUACCACUGACACUGUGUAUGUGCAGCUCUGAGACAGGCUGGAAAAUACAAAAAACAAACAAAAAAAAAAGGCACUGGAGUCCCCUUUAACACCCAUUCCUGUGCUGCAGCUGUUGCCCUGAUCUUCACUUAGCUCCAGGUCCUGUACCCUGCUCAAGCCUGCUGCCACUCCCACAAGGAACUGAGGCAGAGGGAGCCAGGAACACACUUUGUCUGGCAGGAUGGUCCAAGACCACAACCACUGACAAAUGCCAUGUGCCAUUUGUAGAUCUACCUCACCUGCACAUCUAACUGGGUUUUUUGUUACUUGGUGUCCUUUUGUGGGAAAUGAAAUUUUUAAAGUGCUUAAUAAUGCUUAAUGUUGAGUCAUUCUGCAUAACCAGAUCUUCUUUAAUCCUACACUCCAACCCCAUCCUGUCCAGAGGAAUGCUGUGAGUGUGACAGUCUGUACUGUAGGCCAGGGCCAUGCCUGCUUCCCCCAGCCAGGCAAUUGUUGAGCUCCCAAGAGCAAUGUUGAGGUUCCCACUGGAUCCACAGGGGUGCAGUUUA